UCCUGUUGGAGUGUAAAUGGGGACAUGACACAGUCUUAUACGCAGAAAAUAUAAUAAAGCAGUUUCUGUAUUGUUCUGACUUUAUCCUGUAACAUAAUCGCUACCGGGUUCUUAAGUAUUAACGCCUUGGCCCGGCUGGGUGUAUGGCUGCAAUGGAGGCGGUGCCGCGAAUGCCGAUGAUCUGGCUAGAUUUGAAAGAAGCUGGGGACUUCCAAUUUGGCACGUCCGUGAAGCAGUUCAUUUUGAAGAACUAUGGAGAAGACCCCGACAACUACAAUGAACAGCUGAAGAAACUGCUACAGCUGCGGCAAAGUGCUGUGAACGUGACCCGGGACUUUGAGGGGUGCAGCACGCUGCGGAAGUACUUCGGGCAGCUCCACUACCUGCAGAGCCGGGUGCCCAUGGGUCCCGGGCAGGAGGCGGCCGUGCCAGUCUCCUGGACUGAGAUCUUCUCUGGGAAGACGGUCAGUCACGAUGACAUCAGCUAUGAGCAAGCCUGCAUCCUCUAUAACCUGGGAGCUCUGCACUCUAUGUUGGGAGCCAUGGACAACAGGGUGUCUGAGGAGGGCAUGAAGGUGUCCUGUACGCAUUUCCAGUGCUCUGCAGGGGCCUUCUCCUACCUGAGGGACCACUACAGCCAUAACUACAGCGUAGACAUGAGCCACCAGAUCCUCAACCUCAACAUCAACCUCAUGCUGGGUCAGGCCCAGGAAUGUCUUCUGGAAAAGUCGAUGCUGGAUAACAGGAAAAGUUUCCUUGUGGCCAGAAUCAGUGCCCAGGUGGUGGACUAUUAUAAGGAGGCGUGCCGGGCGCUGGACAACUCUGAGACGGCGUCCAUGCUGGGCAAGAUCCAGAAGGACUGGAAGAAACUGGUGCAGAUGAAGAUCUACUACUUUGCUGCUAUAGCGCAUCUGCAUAUGGGCAAACAGGCAGAGGAACAGCAGAAGUAUGGGGAGAGAUUGGCCUAUUUGCAGAGCUCUCUGGAUAAGCUCAGUGAAGCUAUGAAGUUGGCCAAGGGCCAGCCAGACAGUGUACAGGAGGCCCUGAGGUUCUCCAUGGACGUUAUUGGAGGAAAAUUUAAUUCAGCGAAGAAGGAUAAUGAUUUCAUCUACCAUGAAACUGUCCCAGCUUUGGACACACUUCCAUCAGUAAAAGGUGCCCCGCUGGUGAAGGCCCUUCCUGUGAACCCGACUGACCCCACGGUGACGGGUCCGGACAUCUUCUGUAAGCUGGUGCCCAUGGCCGCCCACGAGGCCUCCUCACUCUACAGCGAGGAGAAGGCCAAGCUACUGAGGGAAACCAUGGCAAAGAUCGACGACAAGAACGAGACGCUGGAGCAGUUCAUGGACUCUUUGAGCCUGGAUCCAGACGCCAUAGACAACAUGGACAUGUACAGCACCAUCCCCCCCGUCGUCAUGGAGAAGUGUGCAGCUCUGAGCGUGCGGCCAGACACCGUCAAGAGCCUGAUUCAGUCCAUGCAGGCCCUGUCGGGUGUGUUUACGGAUGUGGAGGCGUCUCUGCGUGAGAUUCGUGACGUCUUGGAUAAGGACGAGGCGGCCGACAGGAGUCUGCAAGAGGCAGCUGGGAAGCAGGCGGUGCCCCCGGUGCCAGCGAGCCUGGUGGAGCUGCGUCGCGACCUGGAGAAGUACGUGGAGUACCAGGAGAAGGCCAGCUUCACCAACACCGAGCUGCACCGCGCCAUGAACCUGCACAUCAGCCAGCUGCGGCUGCUGGGGGGGCCGCUGGACAGCCUGAAGGACGCACUACCCAGACCAGAGCUCAGCGAAGAGGACGAGGCGGCUCUGGCGGGCGUGAAGAGGAUGCUGGGUAAGGUGCAGGAGAUGCGAGAGCAGCGCGGCUCGCUGGAGAAGCAGCUCCGGGACCUCAUCCAGCAGGAUGACAUCACGAGCGCACUCGUCACCACCGAACGCAGCGACAUGAAGAGGGUGUUUGAGGAGCAGCUGCUGAAGUACGAGCAGGUGAAGCUGUACAUCGAGCAGAACCUGGCGGCCCAGGACAACAUCCUCAAGGCCCUCACCGACGCCAACGUCCAGUCAGCCGCCGCACGCAAAACACUCUCCGACACACAACACAAGUGGAACAGCACGGUGCAGACGCUGGUGGCGUCGUACGAGGCGUAUGAGGACCUGAUGAAGAAGUCCCAGGAGGGGAAGGAGUUCUACGAGGACCUGGAGGCCAAGGUCUCCAAGCUGCUGGAGAAGGCCAAGGCCCUGUGCCAGAGCAGGGAGGAGGAGAGGCAGACCGUCAUGGAGAGAGAGCUCCAGAAGAAGGCUCCUCCCCAAAGGCCCACGGCCCCAAAACCUCCUGCCAAGAAGCCCGUGGACAUCGACCCAAACACCAUCGACGACCCCGAGCUGGCCGAGUUGACCGCCGCCAUCCUGGCGCUGGGCGGAGACCUUCCAGAGGAGCUGCGCAGCAUGCCGCCCGAAUUCGCCCUCCCGCACUCUGCACUCCCAGCUGCAGCGGCCGCCCCUGGUCCACUUCCGGGUCAAGUUCCAGGCCCUGGCGCCGGCCCCGGCUCUGCUGUUCAUUGGCCCGGGCCGUAUGCACCGCCCCCCAUGCGCUUCCCCCCCAACCUGCCCUCUCCCGAGCUCCUGGCUCGUAUCUCGGCCAGCUUCCCCCAGAGUCUCCCGCCGGGUGCCCCCCUACCUCACCAUCAGAUGCCCCCGCAGCAGCUGCCCCAGUACCCCCCUCCCCAUCCCAAUGCCCAGGCUCCUCCAGCCUCUCAGCCCCCACAGCCUCCCGCCACUGCUGCUGCCUACACUCCCAGGCCUUCGCACUCGCAGCCAGCACCACCACCACCUGUGGCACCAGGCCCUGCUCCUACUCCGGCUCCAACGCAGGUCCGGCCUUCGACCACCACCGUGGACAGCGUCCAGACUCCCAUAGCGUGCUACUCCGCGCCCAGCCCAGGCCAGCCACACCCGCAGCACCAGCCUCAGCCUCAGCCUCAGCACCACUCCCAGCCCCAGACCCAGCCCCAGCAUCAGGUGCCCGCUCCACAGCGCCAUCCGGUGCCUGUGUCCAGCGGGUACGCCCCUGCCCCUCAGAUGGGUCCAUAUGCCCAUUACAUGCCCCAGGGAGUACCCUCACAACAGCAGCAUCAGCAGCAGCAGCCGCCGCAGCCACAGCACUUUCCCCACGUACCCCCCACGCCCCACCCCGUUGCCCCGCCUCAGACUGCUCACUUCCAGCCCAUUCCUGCCCAGCAGAUGGGGCCCAGGCCAGUGCCCGGGCCGGGCCACCAGAUGCCUGUAGCGCCCCCCCAGGGCCAGUACCAGCAGUACAUGCCCCAGCAAAGGCACCCGGCGGCGCCUCCUCCAAACUUCCCGCACGCUCCUCUCCCCCCUGGCCAGGUUCCGGCUCCUGGGAUGCAGCCAGGUGUGGCCCACCCCCAUGCCCAUCAGCAUGCCCGUCAGCAGGGCUACCCCCCUGUGUCCAUGGUCCCCGGGGGUCACCCGUCACAGGUGGUGCCUGUUAGUGGGGUAGCGCAGAACCACAUGCCGUACCUGCCCCACGCAAGUCAGCCAAUGCCCCCGCCGGCCUCCCAGCCCUACAUGCAGCAGCAGCAGCCUCAACCCCAAAUGCAGCAUCCGCCGCCACAGAUGCCCAUGCCGCACCACAUGCACCAUGUGGCACCGGGCGCCCAACAAAGAAUGCCACCUCCGCCACAAAUGGCACCACAGCCACAGCCGCAGCCGCAGCCGCCGACAUCUCAGCCACAAAUGCCGCCGCCUGGUUCGUCGCACCCACACAUGCUGCCCGUGUCGAAGCAGCUGUCGCCGCCGUCUCUUUCCCAGAUUCCCCCUGCUGGCCACCCCGCCUCUGCCCAUCCCUCUCAGGUGCAGCUACACGCGCCCCAGCCACUUCACCCCGCCAUGUACCAGCAGACACAACAUCUGCCACAGGCGCCGCGCGGCCCUCAAGUCCACAUGCCCCCUACAUCCAUGCCAUCCCAACACAUGCCCCCGACGUCCUCCAUGCCUCCCCAACAGAUGCCCCCCACAUCCAUGCCAGGUCAACACAUGCCACCUACGUCCAUGCCUAGCCAGCCAUUCAUGCACCCCAACGCCAACGGGCUGCCACCCCAGCGCCACCCUCAGCCCCCGGGGCCUCAGAGCCACCCGCAGAUGCCCCCUCAAGGUCACAUGGCCCAGCAGCCCAUGCCAGUGCCCCCCCACCAGCCUGUGCCACCCCACGCCCACGCCCACACAGGGCAGGUGCCGGCGGGUUACCCUGGAGCUGGUUACGUGAUGAGGCAGCCGGGGCCUUCUGUUGUGCCGCCCCAGCAGCAACCGCAGCCACAGCAGCAGCCGCCUCCCCCACUCACUCCCCAGCCCAUGGCCCCGCAACAGCAACACCCUCCUCCUCCUCCUCCACAGCCUCUGGCCCCACAGCAGAUGCCCCCUCAGCCUCCCUCUGUGUCGUUUACGCCCACGCCCCCUCCUGCUGGCAUGCCGCCUGGGCUUGGGCAACAACAGCACCCGGGGGCGGGGGCACCGGCGCCGGGCCAAGCACCCCAGAACAUCAUGACGCCCACAACUGGUCCGGUAGGGGCUGGUCCAGUUGCUCCCAGUGUCCUGCCGUCCCCUGCCCCCUCCCCCUCCCCCUCCCCCGGCCCUUCCUCUCUGGUCAUGACCCCCCCGCAGCACCCCUGCCCGUCCCCUGCCCUCACGCCUGGCGCCGUGGCCCCCGCACCUCCUCAUCCUCCUCCUCCUGCUCCAUCCUCUAACUCCUCUUCCUCCUCCGCCUCCUCUUCGUCGUCCUCCUCCUCUUCCUCCGUGCCCCCUCCUGCGGCUCCUCCAGCGCCCGGGGACGCCCUGUUCCAGCGCCAGAACUCCAGUACGGACGACCUGCUGUCCUCCAGCCCCGAGAGCCAGCAUGGCGGCACCAAGGACAACGUCCUGCUGCCCACCAAGGCGGACCCUGAGGAGGACGGCCAGCGGCGUAAGAAGUCGGAGGGCGUGCGUCUGAUCCAGGGCGACCCCUACCAGGCUCCCGAGCGCGUGGCACGCCUCUGCACGCAGCUGGAGCGAUUCCGGAACACGGUGCAGUCCCUGGAGCAGCCCAGCAGUAGCGGAGCAGGGUCAGAGGGGGGCGGCGUCCUCUCGCGGCUGGACGGCCAAUGGAAGGAGCUGGCGGAGAGGCAGGAGAAGGAGGCACGACAACUGUCCAUCGCCAUUGCACGCUGUUACACCAUGAAGAACAGGCACCAGGACGUCAUGCCCUACGACAGGAACCGUGUGGUGCUGCGCUCGGGCAAGGACGACUACAUCAACGCCAGCUUCAUCGAGGAGCUGUCGCCCUACUGCCCGCGCCUCAUCGCCACGCAGGCGCCGCUCACCGGCACCGCCGCCGACUUCUGGCUCAUGGUGUACGAGCAGAAGGUCUCCGUCGUUGUCAUGCUGGUCUCCGAGCAGGAACUGGAGAAGCAAAAGGUUCCUCACUACUUCCCGUCCGAGCGAGGUCAGCAGCUCUCACAGGGACCAAUCACACUCACCCUCACCACCCAGAAGACCACACCCACCCACGUGGAGCGCAUGAUCAGCCUACAGUACCGCGACCAGAGCCUGAAGCGCACCGUCAUACACCUGCAGUACACCUCCUGGCCAGAGCUCGGGCUGCCGGACAGCAAGAGCAGCCUGAUCCGCUUCAUCCAGGAGGUGCAUGGCCACUACCUGCACCAGAGGCCUCUGCACACCCCCAUCGUGGUACACUGCAGUUCUGGUGUUGGCCGCACUGGCGCCCUCUGCCUGCUGUAUGCGGCGCUGCAGGAGGUUGAGGCUGGUAAUGGCAUUCCCGACCUGACACUACUGGUGAGGAAGAUGAGGCAGCAGAGGAAGAACAUGCUGCAGGAGAAGCUGCACCUGAAGUUCUGCUACGAGGCCCUCCUGAAGCACGCGGAGCAGGUCCUCCAGCGCCACGGAGUGGCCACCGUCCCAUGCAGCAAGACCCUCAACAACGCCACCAUCAAGCCAUACUCCAGACAGGAGUGUCAGACGGACAUCGUCCUGGGCGGCGACCUGCCCAUCAGCUCCAUCCAGGCCACCAUCGCCAAGCUCAGCAUCCGGCCCCAGAGCACCAGCGACUCAGAGGGCAGCCUGGAUCUGGGCCCCCCCAGCACCGCUACACCAGACCUUCCCCACCAGCAGGAGGCGCCAGAGGGCACCACCACCGCGCACGACCCCGCACCGCCACAGGACCCCUUCCCCCCCAGCGAGGCCCAGCCCUCCUCCUUCAGCCCCCCUCCUCCCUCCAUCUCCUCCUCCUCCUCCUCUCCGGCCAAAGAUCUCCGAUCCCCGUCUCCGCCGACCAACCAGGGCAAUGGGUUGAUGGAGUCCAAAUCUGAGUAUCCCAAUCACUCCGCACCUGCCUUGGAUGCUCCGGUGACAGAGACUGGGACGGGGACAGUCUCGCCUCCCCCCCUCCCCGCGGCGUCCGCGUCCACCCUGUCGUCUCUGGACCUGCUGGCGUCCAUGACGCCCGAGGCCUUCACGCUGGACGCGGCGUGCCGGGGGAAGCAGCGCUUCAACAAGCAGAGCUUCCUGCAGCCGCAGGAGGGCCAGGGCCUACAGGGCGCGCCCCAGGGGGACGACCCCCUCAGCAACCUCGACCCCCUAUGGACCCUCAAUAAGACCUGAGAGAUGCAGUGUUGUGUACAUUACAAGUAGAAGUAGAAGGAACC